AUGGCGAAGAUCAUCCGGAUGGCUCAGGCUUUAGAAGGUGGCAUCCGGUUCCUGAAGCUUGUGACGGGGUUCCUGUCUUCCAGCAUGGCCACAUUGAUCUUGCAGAUCCUGGAUCAGCUGGACGGGCACCAGAACAACCGGGUGGACUUCAAACACUUCGUGAACUGUGCCAGGAAGUUCAAGGGCCACGCGACCAAAAUCGAGAUGCUGACCUUGAUGUACGACCACACCAGGCUCAUGGAGAACCUCCAAGAGGAGUUCCGGCAGCUCCGGGCCUUGGUCAACCGCUGA